AUGAACACCUCGCAUGCUGCGGGCUCAGGGUACAGGGACCACAUUCAGUCUAAUCGUCCCACCAAAGUUCUGCGUACCGAUCUCAAGGGUAGGAUCUUCCCGGCUGAUUUGGAAGAUACUCAAAGAGCCGCCAACACAGCCCGAGCCAAAAGCUUGCUGCAACUGUGCAAAAUUGCCAUCAGCAGUGAAGUCGCCGCUGUUGGAUGCUUGGAGAACGAGGAUGUCGAUCAAUACAGAGCAUGCGCCGGUGAUGAACUUGACGAGCUGGGGCUCGAGGAGGUACUGGAGCUUGAGAAACUGCUUGAACUCGAAGAACUGCUUGGAGUCGAGGUCGAGGUGUCUGAAGUGGAAGUUGAGGUGGUACUAUCCGUUGACGAAGUUGAGCAUGUAGCCAAUGAACUGCUACGCGAGCUGGUACUGGUAGUGCUUGAGCUAUCGGUCGAGCUACUGCCGGUUGUCGUACCGGUCGUAGUAGAAGUUGCGGCGGUACUGCUGCCGCUUGAGGAAGUGCCGCUGACGCUGCUGGUUGACGACGAAGUGGUAGAUAUCGAGCUCAAGGAACUACUCGUCGAGGUGGAAGCCGUGCUAGAAGUACUGCUAUUUCCAAAGUUGAACGUGCUGCUGCUCGUCGUGGCAGCCGUCGGAAGGGUGUUGGUGCUAGUCGUCAAGGUGGGCUGGGGUUGGGUUCAGGGAGCUUGUGGCAAAGGUCGUGGAAGACGAGGAACUGCUGAGAAUGCUGCUGCUAGAAGAGCUAGACGAGGACGAGCUGCUGCUUAA